CCUGUAAUUGAUUAAUGUUUGUUUCCAUGACGAUCUCCCUGCCCCGCGGCGCACCGUGACGUCAUUGCCCAGCGACACGGAAGUGUGCAGCAUGUGCGGACGGUCGGUGGCGCCGUGAAGACAGAACCAAUAAUUAUAUGUCAACAAAUGGGUAAAACACUCAACAUAUGCUCAGAAAAUGGAGGCAUCUAAAAGGGAAGACAACUCUACAACUGACAACUGUACAGAGGGCCUGAAUAUCUUUAGGAUUCCACAAGUCACAAAUGAAGAUUGUAAACAUAUUAAUGUUGUUGCUGCUCAGAUUUUUUCAGAUAUAUUUUAUGUUUUGACAUUCACAGCUAUUGCUAUUAAUAUUCUAAAAAUCCUCAGCACAGUUAGAGGAGCUCAGAAAUGGACGACUUCUCACAUAUACCUAGUAAAUAUUGCAGCUGCCCAUAUCAUUUUUCUCUUGCCAUGUCCGGUGUGGGGCAUGUAUUUAAACCAGCAAUAUGAUUGGCAUCUGGGAAAGUAUGCAUGUUCAAUAAUGAACUUCACCAAUGCUUUGGGACACUUUGGAGGCACUUUACUGAUCUGUAUUAUUUGUGUUGACCGUGUUGUUUCUAUUCAUUUCCCUGUGACCUCAAUCCAAUAUAAGAAUGUAAAGUUUGGUAAAAUGGUGGUCAUGACAUCAUGGACACUAAGCACAGUCAUAGCUUCAUUAAGCUACGUGUAUACCCCAUUCACUGUUUAUGGGGGGUCUAAGCAUUUGUGUGGUGCCAUGAAUAUUGGAAAUGCACUAAGCUUUGCCUCAGUGUGGUCUUUUACAAUGUUUUUCGUUCCUAAUAUUCUCAUUCCAACUGUUGUAAUUGUUCCAUGCUUUGUUAAAAUAAUGGUGUAUUUAUGUUGUCAGCAAACUAGACUACCCUAUGAUAUGGGGAAAGUAAUCAAACUGGAUAUUGCAUAUAUAUCAUCAUUUCUUAUCUUGUGUCUAUCAUCUAGCUAUGCUAUUCUUAUUGUUUGCUUUGUAUAUUUGACAUCCCCAUCUUGUCAUGAUAAAUGUAGGUGGGCCAAUGUUAUCAACUUGCUCAGUGAAACUGCCAGGCUGCUGAAUGUUUUCAAUGCUGUCAUCAGUCCAUUCAUAUAUUUGUCAAAAUUCAAACUGGGCCUCUGCACUAGCCUGUGUGACUGCACCAAUCUGAAGCUGUGUUCUUGUGAGUGCUCCCAGCAGCCACCAGCUCUGGGGAUACAAACUCUACAACUUGUGUACAUUCCCUGUGUCACUGAUGAUCAUAGUGAGCUGAAGAUAAAUGCACAUUGUUGAUGGUAUAAUUAUUAGCUAUAAAAAAAUAUUAUACUAGCUGUUCUACCCGUUCUUCACACAGGAGUUUCUAAUUUUCACGGUUUUAAAUAUGAGUGUUAAAAAUUUGGUAAAUCUAUAGAGAUGUAAUUUGAGACGUCUUAAUGUAAGUAAAUAUUAAUCCAUGGUUCUUGGCGUUACCUGAGGAGCACUCGUAGCAGAUACGGUAAAAAGUGACAGGAACAUUUUUGUAGUUUAUUCAAUUCUACAUACAGUACUGGAGGUGCAAUCCAAAUUUUCAUCCGAUUGUCCAUUUGGGUGUUAUCGUUCACGCAACGCAAACCACGCAUAGGUAAUGACGUCAUUAUGUCAACCCCCUUAUAUAAUAUUUUAUUAUGUACUGUAUUAAGUUAUUACUUCCUAUUAUAUCAAUGUCUCAUAAUACCAGAGUAUAAUAAAUUCAAAGAUCUACAGCAUAUGAAAAUGUUAAACAUACCUCUGUGUUCUUUAAGGCUGAAAUUCAAUAGCAUAACCAAAGUGUCAGAAAACUCAAUGAGUUGAUGGAUUUCCCAGCAACCAUUGUGGUUUGGUACAACUUAAUUAACGGUUGCAGAGUCACCAAUGGACUAGGGGACAUCAAGUUCCAAUGAAUGGUAGUUCCAGGUGUGGGUUAUGGAGGACUGCAGCAGUCUGGAGUCUCUUGAGAGUUUCAAAUUCGUGGUGUUCUUUUUUAUAUCAUUGUGCAGUAUUGGCUUCUUUCCUAGUAAGAGGUUCCACAGUGGAGGAAAUCUAAUUA